AUGGGUCAACUGAGGUUGACGGGCCCGUGGGCGCUACUGCGGGUCGGCAGGAGGUCGAGCAUCUUCGACUUCGAAGGGCAUCUUCGACUUCGAAGAGCAACUUCGACUUUGGAGAGCACCUUCGACUUUGAAAAAGCAUCUUCGAGGAGGCGUUUCCUUUCGGUGAAUCGAAACCGGAAGGCAGAACGGCAGACCCGGAGAAGGAGGAAGCCGGAGAUCCGGCAACCCUGCGAUCCACCGUCGAGUCGAGUCGGGGUCUCGCCGCCCAGGGUGUCGCACGUUCGCCCCGUCUCCCCUCCUCUCGAUCACGGUCGAGGGGAGAAAUUUUGGCCCGAAUCGACGGGGAGAGAAGACGGAUCGUCUCCUUGCCUCGUCCAGCCUCGAUCUGGAUUCUCGGGAAUCUGCGUUCCUUCGGUUGGAACGAACGAGAAGAGACCAGUGACGACCAGGCGCGGGAGGGAGAGACCGGCCGCACCCGACCGGCGAGGAGAGAAAGGACGCCGCGCGCUCGUCUUCGCGCCGGCGGGAAGGGAAGACUUGCUGCUCGGCCUGGCUGCGCCCGCGCAUGCGUGGUUCCAGGUCACGCGGCUCUCAGCACGUCCCCCCUGUCGCAUGCUUCCAAGACUUAUAGGGAGACAGAUGUUCCCACCCUUCUCAUCCGAUUCGGCGAUGAGGCAGCACGGCGAGUGGAACGUGUUGGUGGUCGCUCUGGCGGGUCUGGUCUCGGGCGAGGCCCUCGAAUGCCUCCCUCUGCGACGACUGGAUCACGCGACGGUGGGAGACUGCUCCGAGUGCCCCGAGCAUCACACUGUCGCCCGGUUCCACGGAUUUUGCGCGUGCUUCGGCGACGCCGGCGUGGGGUGUGCGUGCUCGAGCGACGGCCUGUGUCUGGAUGCGGGGAGACCGAGGAAGAAGAGAGAAUUCGAACGCUCGAAUCCCUGUCCCACGUCCUACGACACCAACCUGUGCCAACCGCCCUACUUCGACAGACUGGAGCGAAAGUGCUUCUACCUCUGCGGGGAGGAAGUCCCUCGGGACUCCACGGCCUGGACAGGAGACAUGCGGUCGCUGUGCACCGAGGGCAAGACGCAGCUGUCCAGAUAUGCCGUGGGCCACUUCAAAUACUGGGAUCAAUACGAGGGAGUCGCGAACUUCAUCGGGGAUCUCAAUGUGAACGAUCCACAAUACGCGCAUGAACGUAACAUCGAUUUCGUGUCGAUGUUCGCGAGGCAUACACAUGGAGGUUCUGUGGAAUGUGCACACCCGCAUAAAUAUCGACACGAAGAGAAACAUGAAGCUAAUGGGGCUAACAUUGACAUGAUGCCUCUUAAUGUCAACAACGAUAUCGGUGAUAUCUUCUUGUCGUCUUUCCUCGGAUAUUACCAUCCUGACGUCUACGGAAGCUACACGGCCGCGAACAUCACGUGGAAGGGCUGGGAUGCGACACUGAGCGAGGAUAUCUUCCGAAGUGUUUUCCCCGCAGAAGAAGAACUGGAGAUUUUCGAAUUUCGACGUCUCUGCUUCCUCGCCCUCCCCGGCCCAGCGGAAGGAGGAUGGGAACGACUUUCGCCCCAACGAGAUCCCUUUGGAAGACGACCCCUCCCUCCCGACGCCAAGAACCCUCCACCUCAUGCGGUCUCCCUCCUCCUUCCAGCCAAAUACUGUUGGAGCGAGGAGUGGACCAUGGGCGCGGUGGAGGGGGAGGUUGUGGACAGACUCUGCGAGGAUGUCGGCAACGAGACGUGGUUGUGCACGGCGGAAGGCUUCCAGCUCAUCGAGGAAUGUCCCACGGCCUGGAUCGAUCACCUCUUUCAAUACUUGAACGAGUCGAACGCCAUGGAGACGCUGGAGAACCUGACGUCCACGAUCGAGGACGAGGAGGAUCUGACGGGGGCGGAGAUCCGGAAGAUCGUGCGGUAUCUGGAUCCUCUGGUGGAUGCGUUUCUCAGAGGGCUGAAAGAGGAUCCCGAGUGGGUCCUCACCUCGGUGGGGUUCCUCCGGAAUCUGACGAGGGCGGUGGAUCUCGUCCUGAAUGCGGUCGGGGGGUGGUUGGACGUCCAGGCGGGGAAACGGAGCGAGACGUUUUCCACGCUGACGGAGGCGAUGACGAGGUCGGGGUUAGGGGUGGCCCAGGUCUCGUUCGCGAGAUCCGACGCCGAGACGUUCUACGAGGCGUCCGGGGGGAAUCUGCUGAUGGAAGCCUGGGGGAAGUGGAAGGAUGAGGAUCCCUUCGUCUUUCCGAAGGGGAAGGGGGACACGUACGCGGUGCUCCCGGGGGGUUUCCAGGAUCGACUGCCGGGAGAUCGCUACUUCGUCGUCGGUGUGCUUUACCGUCUGGAGGACUUGAAUGCUCUUUUACCCGGAAAUCGCACCUCGUUCGGGGGAGAAAAGCGGACGAACACGAAGUUACUCAGCCUUGCCGUGAAGCACGAUCGGGAGUUGCAGCUGGAGGAUCCCCUCCGACUCACCUUCAAGAAUGAGGAGCCGCCACGUGAUCCGCCUUAUCGGGAGGUCUGGCGGGAUCUGCACGAGGGGGAGCGUCCGACCUUCGUGUCUCAAAGUCAUCAGUGCGCCUUUUGGAACGUGGAAGAGGCGGUUUCCUCGAACAGGGACGAGACGGUCUGUGCGUGCGACCAUCUCACCAACUUCGCGGUCCUCAUGGACCUUCACGGAUACGUCGGCCGAAGCGCGGCCUUGGAGGGGUUCAGCGUUUCGCUCUCCAGUCUCUCCAUCCUUGGCCUCAUCCUCGCCCUCCUCACCUUCUGCGCUUUCGAUUCCAGAAACACAGCCAAAAUGAAAGCAAUGGAGUUGAACAAACACCUGUGCUUUUGUCUCCUCGUCGCGCAUCCCUGCCUUCUCCUCUUCAUCGAUCGGCACAUCUUCGAUCUCUCUCAGACGGGAUGUGCGGCGUCGGGAGUGGCUCUCCACUACUUCUUUCUCAGUGCCUUCACGUGGAUGGCACUGGAGGGGAUGUUCGUCUAUCGCCAGUUGGUCCGAGUCUUCCCAGCCGGAUGUCACAUCUCCGUGAGGACCUACUGCGUUGCUGGAUAUUGCUCGCCGGGCCUCGUCGUCCUCGUCACUGCGGCUGUCUCCUUUCUCACGAAUACCAGGGGAUACGGAGACGGGGAAUUCUGCUGGCUGUCGUCGCCGUAUUAUAUCUGGACGUUUGCGGGGCCAGUACUCGUGAUCAUUGUGGUCAACUUCGUCUUCAUGGUCUUGGCCGUCAGAAAUGCUAGGCAAACGGGGAAUGUGGGACAUUCCGCCCAGGCACAUAACAUUCACUUAGUGAGGACGACCUUGACUCUGUCUUGUCUGUUGGGAAUCGGCUGGAUCUUUGGAUUCUUCUACAUGCAGGUCACGCCCGUCUUCGCCUACGUCUUCACGAUCGGCUUCCUCAUCUUCAUCUUUCACUGUCUUAUGAAUCGGAGCCUUAGGAAGACUCUCCGGACCAGUCGCCUCUGGUGCAUUUGUUUCGGACGCGAGAAAAUGUUCUCGAAGCAAGCUACAAGCUAUACUCUUAGGAUAUCUAGCAAGAGGCGAGGUGGGUUUCUUGCAAUCGAGUGGACCCAUGCCCAGUCGAACGGGCCUCCCCUCUCGUCACACACCCCUUUCCACAACCUGACCUCACCUCACGAAUCGCUCUUCUGUGUGCAAAUUCCUCACCGAGUGGCAAAGCCCCCAGAGGAUGAAGAUUGGGACUAUCACGGCUCUAACCUCGUGAUCUCGGAACUUCNUCAUGAGUGGAACGUGUGGCGAAGCCUGAGUACUGAAUGUGAAGGAGGUCCUUGGUGGGAAUCCCGUCACUUAGUGAGGACGACCUUGACUCUGUCUUGUCUGAUGGGGAUCGGCUGGAUCUUUGGAUUCUUCUACAUGCAGGUCACGCCCGUCUUCGCCUACGUCUUUACGAUCGUGAACGCGUCCCAGGCAAGACACGGCUAA